AUGGCUUCCAAACCCCUUCAACUCCUCGCUUUCACCCUUCUCCUCCCUUCCCUCUUCCCUCGUUUCGACAUCGCGUCGGUCCAAUGCCACUCAGAAUCGGAAGCUGUGGGCUCAUCUCCGAUCAUUUUGAAUCAUAAUUCCCACGCCACGAACACGUCUUCCUUGUUUCUUAAGAAUCUCCAAGGAUGUCGUUUGGGUGACACAGCCCAAGGCAUUCAUCGGAUAAAAAAGUACCUUCAACGCUUUGGUUACAUUACCAAUGUCCAAAAACACUCCAACGCCAUGGAUCAUGAUGACACCUUUGAUAAUGCCUUGGAAUCCGCCGUCAAAACGUACCAAAAAAACUUCAACCUUGUUGCCUCUGGAAUUUUGGACGCCAACACAUUAGCUCAAAUGGGGAAGCCACGAUGUGGGGUUGAAGAUGUUAUAAAUGGCACAACUUGGAUGAGAUGGGGAAGGGAAAGGAAGCCAAAAAUGCAUGCCCAUUUUCACUUAGUGGCUCACUUUGCUUUCUUUGAAGGAAACCUCAAAUGGCCGCCUUCAAAGUUCCACUUGACCUAUGCAUUUCUUCCAGGGUAUCCCUUUGAAGCAAUGAUGGCAGUGUCAAGAGCUUUUUCCAAGUGGGCUUUCAAUACCCACUUCACAUUUUCACGUGUCUUUGACCAUACAAAAGCUGAUAUCAAAAUAAGCUUUGAAAUAGGAGACCAUGGAGAUGAUGUGCCGUUUGAUGGUGCGGGGGGGAUUCUGGCGCAUGCUUAUGCGCCCACGGACGGCAGGCUUCACUUUGAUGGCGAUGAGGCUUGGUCUGUGGGAGCUGUUGAUGGUUAUUUUGAUGUGGAGACUAUUGCGUUGCAUGAGAUUGGGCACGUUCUAGGGCUUCAACAUAGCUCCAUUGAAAACGCUAUUAUGUUCCCAAGCAUAUCGGAGGGAGUUACUAAGGGUUUGCAUGGGGAUGACAUAGCUGGGAUUAGGGCUCUAUAUCAACUUUGAUUCAUUAAUUACACUUAUCUAUAAUGUAAUUGUAUUCAACAAUUGUGAAAUAAAUAAAAAUCUAUC